UCCUCUCCAUUGGGGAAAUGGGGCUUGGUAUCGCGAAGCUUCUCAAGGCUCAUGGAUAUCGUGUUCUCACUGUGGGAGAGGGUAGGAGUGAGCAUACUCUAACCCGAAUCCGGACAGCGUCGAUCGAAUCUCUACAAUCUGAUGAGGAAUUGGUGGUAUCCUCUGACUACAUCUUAUCCAUCGUCCCCCCUAGGGAUGCGCUUGCUACGGCUCGUCGUGUCGCAACAGCAUGUCAGCUCCCCAGCACGAGUACAAAGCGACAAAGCAUUGAGGACAUCGAUGGUCUCCCCACACGUCGCCAACCCUACUAUCUCGACCUGAAUGCCAACUCAUCUCGCCUAUCAACAGAAGUGGGUUCCCUGUUUGCGGGGAAUCAAUCUGCGUUAUGCCACUACCUCGAUGGAGGAAUAAUCGGACCCCCACCAUCGGAUAAUUCACCAGAAGGACACUGGAAGAAACCCAGUCUGAUAAUCUCGGGUGACGUGGAACUUUCCGCCUCAUUCCCCAGAUUGGCAGAUGUGCUGAACAUGAAACUGGUGUCUGCCAAGAUCGGAGCGGCAUCGACAUUGAAACUCUCGUUUGCUGCCCUGACGAAGGGACUCACCGCACUUUCAAUCCUGUCGUUCUCCACGGCGCAGCGGGAAUCGUUGCUUCCGGAGUUGCUUGAGCAUCUGGACGAGUAUGCACCGGCCGUUGGGUCUACGGCUAAAAAGGGCGUCGUUGGGAUGGCUCCGAAGGCAUAUCGGUGGGUUGACGAGAUGCGAGCAAUUGGAGAGGCAUUCGAUACUGAGGGACACUGGGACGGAAUUGGAGCGGGCGUUUAUGAUAGUUUCGCGGAGCUGUAUCGGAACAUUGCGGAGGAUACAGUGUUGGGAGAUGAAAAGACUGGAGAUCGUAGGAGAGGAACAACGGUUGAAGAUGCAGCGGAAAUCAUAGGAAGAGUCAAUAGUACAGAGCACGGAAGCCACGCGAGUUACGGCAGACCAUAUGCAGACAGACUCAGCACGGACGAGGUUAAGUCCGAGACUGGGGUUGAACGGGACCUCAAUGAUGUCAGUGCUAGAAUGGUACCAUAGAAAGGACAAUAGUACUUAUGCCUUAGUGAGAAAAGUGAGUUGUACAAUUCGAUGUUUCUUGUCCCGCCGUGGAGCGCGGGGAGAAAAAAAAAGCAAUACAGGGUGUUACAAGUCCGCGUCA